AUGGCAUCCUCCACCCGCACCUUCACGCGGGCUAUUCCCAAGUCCACUGCCGCUCCUCAUACAUCCGCUCUGCGUGCUGCCACUCGCAACUCGCGCCAGAACGCGGCGACGAGAUUUUUCCAGUCUUCGCGCCGCCAAUACUCGUCCUCUCAGAAACCCCUCGAAUCCAACACCGCCAAAUAUGCGGCUGUUACGCUCGUGUCUGCUCUCUUCGGUGGCGGCGUCUAUUACACCACCUCUCAGCAAACUGCCUCCGCCGUCAUUCCCGAGACUCUGAAGAAGUCCUCCAAAGCCGAAACCCCAUCUACCGCUGCCGCGCCCUUCACACCCACCCAGGCUGACUACCAAGCUGUCUACGACGCCGUGGCCAAGCUCUUGUGGGAGAAAGACGAUUAUGACGAUGGAUCAUACGCUCCUGUUAUUUUGCGCCUCGCUUGGCAUGCCAGUGGAACAUAUGAUGCCGCGACCGGCACUGGAGGUUCAAACGGGGCUACGAUGCGAUUUGCCCCAGAGGCCGAGCACGGUGCCAACGCUGGCCUCGUAACCGCCCGCGAAUUUCUUGAGCCCAUCAAGGCACAGUUUCCCUGGAUCAGCUAUGGCGACCUCUGGACUCUGGCCGGAGUAUGCGCAAUUCAGGAGAUGCAAGGGCCUACUGUCCCCUGGAGACCUGGUCGGCAAGACCGAGACGUCGCCCACUGCACACCUGAUGGCCGACUGCCGGACGCUAGCCAAGGUCAAGACCACAUUCGUGCCAUUUUUGGCCGCAUGGGCUUCAAUGAUCAGGAGAUGGUAGCGCUAUCGGGCGCACACGCGUUAGGGAGAUGCCACAAGGACCGCAGCGGCUUUGAGGGUCCAUGGACAUUCUCACCUACCGUGCUCACUAAUGAUUACUACCGCUUAUUGAUGGAGGAGAAGUGGGGAUGGAAAAACUGGUCCGGCCCGAAGCAAUACGAGGACGCGACAUCGCAUAGCCUGAUGAUGCUCCCUACCGACAUGGCUUUGAUCAAGGAUGAGGUGUUUAAGGGGCACGUCGCGCAGUAUGCCGCCGACAACGACAAGUUCUUCGGCGACUUUAGCAAGGUCAUGGUCAAAUUGUUCGAGCUGGGCGUGCCCUUCACGCAGAAGGAUCGAUUUUCCUUCAAAUCGACUCUGGAGGCUGAGGCUGAGGUCUAUCGAAGCUUCAGCUACCUUCGAAACCGUCCGUUGCUGCACAAGCAAGACGAGAUCUGCGAACUCGAAGACGAACUCGCCAAGCUCGAUGAUGCCCAUGCCAAGGGCGAGGAUGUCGACUCGUACCGCUUGGUGACGCGCCGGUACGAUGAGGAGGACGCCGAUUGCCAACGACGGAAGCUCAUGGACCGUAUUGGCGAGGUGAUGAAGGAGUACGACGAGCUCCUGAUGCGGGAGCAUGAGAUUCUAAGCGUGAAGCAGCCGUCCAAGUAG